AUGAGUGGAGUAGAUCGCGCCGAUCAAAUGAUCUCUUAUUAUUCUUGUCCUCGGAAAUCUGCAAAAUGGUACAAAAAAGUUAUUUUUCAUCUGUUAGACGUCGCUGUUUGGAAUAGUUUUUAUAUAUAUAAACAACAUUUUGACUGUCCAGAUUUCAGGUUCAAAGUAUAUAGAGACUUACUUAUUAAAGAUUUAAUUAAAAUUCCAAAAAAUACUACAGCAACUGAAUUUUUUCAAUUAAAAAAAAAUUCAAGAAAAUCAAGCCGAGGUGAAGAUUUGAGAGAAGGUCAUUUCGAAGAACCCAUACUGUUACCACCAAAUUAUAAAAGACAAAAAAAAUUAAAAAAUUGUGUACAGUGUUAUAAACAAAAAACCAGAAAACAAACUUCCAUUCAAUGUCAAAAAUGUAAAGUACCUCUGUGUACACUAUGUUUUAAAGAUUACCAUGCUGCUCAACCAGAAGGAUGA